AUGGGUCUCGUCGAAACCAUCGUGGAGCAUGUCUCCAUAAAGACGGUCCUUCUGGGACCGCUUGUCCUUCUGACAGUGUACCAUGUCGUCCUCUAUGUGUCCGAGACGAUCCGGGUCAGGAGACUCGGCAUCCCCGGAUACCAGAUCAAGACACGGGUGCCAUUCGACAUGAAGGCCGCCAAGGCCGAAAAGUCGUACGAGCGCUGGCUCGAGGUCUCGCCGCCGGAGAAGGGCAUCUUCACGAGCGAGGCGCGCCUGCUGUGCCGCCGCGUCGUCUUCACCUCGGAGCCCGAGAACAUCAAGGCCGUGCUCGCGACGCAGUUCGCCGACUACGGCAAGGGCGAGAUCUUCCACGAGCAGUGGAAGCCGUUCCUCGGCGACAGCAUCUUCGCCACCGACGGCGACAAGUGGCACGCCAGCCGCCAGCUCAUCCGGCCCCAGUUCGUCAAGGACCGCGUCAGCGACCUGCACUGCUUCGAGAAGCACAUCCAGGUGCUGUUCCGCGCCAUGGCCAACGGCGGCCCGCUCAACGGCGCGGAGCAGGACGUCGACCUGAGCGCUUCGCACGGCAAGGUCUUUGAGAUCAGCGACCUUCUCUUCCGCUACACUCUCGAUACGUCGACGGACUUCCUGCUCGGCCACACGGUGAGCUCCUUGUGCCACCCAAAGCAGGAAUUCGCCGAGGCCUUCAACGAGGUCCAGCGCGUGCAGAACAUCAUCUCGCGCAUCGGGCCCCUGGGGCCCUUCAUCUCGCACAAGACGUACAACGCCGGCCUCAAGGUCAUCAACCGGUUCGUCAACAACUUCAUCGACGCCGCCCUGCUGCUGCCGCCCGAGGAGCUCGCCACCAAGGCCCGCUCCGACACGAGCUACACCUUCCUGCACGAGCUCGCCUCCUUCACGCGCGACCCGGUCGUGCUGCGCGACCAGAUCGUCGCCGUCCUGCUCGCGGGCCGCGACACCACGGCCGGCACCCUGUCGUGGGCCUUCUACGAGCUCGGGGGGCGGCCCGACGUCGUGGCCCGCCUGCGCGCCGAGGUCCUGUCCGUCGUGGGCCCGGACCGCGUGCCCACGUACGCCGACCUCAAGGGCAUGAAGUACCUCCAGAGCGUGCUGAGCGAGACCAUGCGCCUGUACCCGGCCGUGCCGUACAACGUGCGCUUCGCCGCGCGCGACACGACCCUGCCCCGCGGCGGCGGGCCCGACGGCACCCUCCCCUUGCCCGUGCUCAAGGACACGGCCGUCGCGUACUCGACGUUCGUCAUGCAGCGCCGGCCGGACCUCUACCCGGCGCCGGACCCGGCCAAGGGCCUGCCGCCCGCGGGCGUCUUCGAGCCCGAGCGCUGGCAGCGCUGGCAGCCGCGGCCGUGGCAGUACGUGCCGUUCAACGGCGGGCCGCGGAUCUGCGUCGGGCAGCAGUUCGCGCAGACCAUCAUGGCGUACCUGCUCGUCCGGGUCUUCCAGCGGUUCGAGCGCGUCGAGACGGUCCGGGACCGCGGGGAGCCGACGCUGCGGACCGACGUGACGCUCUCGCCUGGCGGGCCGGGCGUGAGGGUGAGGUUCUUUGAGGCCAAGAGGGAGUAA